CAGUGUUCAGUUGUCGAACAUUUAUUCGUCAACUAUCCUUUUCAGUUUGAGAGAAUAAGAAGAUUUGCUAUAAAAUCUUUGUAGAAUUAAAGAAAGUGCUUCCAUCAACUUGAUUCAAAAUGGCGAUGUAUGAUCCGGCAUUUCGCGAAUUAAAAGAUUUGCUAAAAUCCCCAGAAAUAGCAGACGUCAACCCAGACGUGAAGAAGAAACUCGAACACAUUAAGGAGCUGUUUGCCAGGCGACAUUUUUACGCAGACGAAAACACUUCAACUCAAAGUGAAAGUUUAGCCAAAUUGUUUAAGGACACGUAUGACCACCCAUGGAAGGAUGUCCACAAGCAAGGGAAAACUCAGUAUUACAUGGAACCUUUUAUGAUCAGCGGACAAGUCACAAUAAAGUUUCUACAGUUUAUAAUCAGUAUGGUCAAAGCUAAACGUGUUUUAGAAAUUGGGAUGUUCACCGGCUAUACAGCUCUAGGCAUGGCCGAGGCCUUACCCUCAGAUGGUGUCCUCCAUACGUGUGACGUAGAACCCUACCUCGUAGAAUUCACCAAACCUUACUUCGACCAAUCACCCCAUGGUAAAAAGAUAAAAGUUCACAUUGCACCUGCCCUCGAAACCAUUCCUAAAUUACACGAUGAGGGCCUACAAUUUGAUGUGGUUUUUAUUGAUGCUGAUAAACCGGGAUAUAAAGGAUAUGUUGAGAUGAUAAUGAAGAAGAAUAUGUUAGCCCCCAAUGGAAUUAUCUUGGCGGACAAUUCCUUUUUCCAAGGUGAUAGUUAUACGAAGGAAGACGAUCCUACAGUCAACCCAAUGCACGAUUUUAAUAAAUUCAUGGCAUCUCAGAACGAGUUGGAACGGGUGCUUUUACCAAUACGUGAUGGGAUUCUCGCCGUAAAGAGAAAGUCCGAGGUUCUAAACCAUUAAAUUAGAUUUGAGAUACAUGUAACUCUAAAUGAUAUGGGAAGAAAUUGUGUGAUCUUUUAUGAUAUAUUUUGUAAUCAUCCUAACUGAUGUCAUAAAGUUUGUAAAACAGU